AUGUUGCUAACUUCGCGACAGCUUGUGGCCGCCAUCAAGGCGAUUCACUAUGCCUACCCAGGGCUGCUCCUUUGCUACUUCGUACUUGCACUCAUGGUCACUGUCUGUACCUUGCAAACACAACGUCUGCGAGUCCAAGAUCAACAUGUCCGUCGAGAUGUCAUUCUUGGCCUCAUGUUUGGCGUCACUCUGUCCUAUCUUGCCGAACUUAUCGUACUGCUAAUUCAGGUCAUUGUCAGCAAUGAGUCUCCGCCUGAAGACUGCACAGUCUAUCUGAUUGCAUCUACAAUUUGCUUCGGAGCACAGUGUCUUGCGUUGACGGACAGCAAGUUCCCAGUCUGGUACCCGUACUAUGUGACUUGGUUCCUGGGUCUUCUCGUGGAGCUCAUUCUUCUGGUCAUUCCCAAUGUCUUCGCCCCACCUGAAACUCCUUUCGCCUUCACGAAUAUCGUCAUUCAAUCCAUUCGAGUGUGCUUUUUCGCUAUCCUACCGUCGUUGUACUUUGCGUUGAGGAACGAUAAGAAGGAAUACGACAACGGGGAUGCCGAACGCCAGUCUCUUCUCCAAAAGAAGCUCUCCGGCAAGCCGGGGAGCGAAGACUCGACCAAGAGCUAUGGUGGGACCACGGAUACGAACAACCAGGAAUCAGACAAUUCAGAAGCAAGCGAUGCUGGAUCUGAAGAUUCAUGGCUAGCUCGUCAGCGCGAAGCGGAGGAUAAGAUCAAAAAGCGAUUGGAGCAGGAUGGUAAUUGGUUCACUUAUGCUAGAGGCUUCGCUAUCUUCUUCCCCUAUCUUUGGCCAGUCCAUGACAGAACUCUGCAGUUCCGAGCUGUCCUAGUCGGAUUCUGUCUACUUGCAUCUAAUGCAUUCAACGUCUUGGUUCCCACUCAGAUGGGUCGAAUGAUUGACAGUUUGACUGGUUAUUUACUCGAAGAGGAUCCUACUCGAAAACCCAAUGUCUGGAUUCCAGUUGCUGUUUAUGCUCUCCUGCGCUUUGUCAGUGGUGGUGCAGGUAUUGGCUGGCUCAAGAAAUGGUUGUGGCUACCAGUGGAACAGUAUUCAUACGAUGCUCUCAGUACCGCAUCUCACGCCCACCUCAUGAGCUUGUCAUCUGAUUUCCACGACAACAAAACAUCAUCCGACUUGACUCAGGCUGUUCAUGGCGGCAGGUCUGUGACAGACUUACUGGAGACUGUCUGCUUCCAGGUUUUACCUAUGUUUAUCGAUCUCGCCGUUGCCUUUGCAUUCCUCUGGACUCUUUAUGGACCAUACAUGGGACUACUGAUGGCGUCAACUGCGGUCACCUAUCUUUACGUCACGACAAAACUUUAUAGUCGGCGAGCCGCCAAGCGUCGUGACUAUAUUACAAUUUACCGAAAAGAGUGGACCAUUGGCCAACAAUCACUGGACGGCUGGAACACUGCAAGUUUGUUCAACAUGAUCCCAUACGAACGACAUAGAUAUGCUUGUGCUGUGAAAGAACACAUGAGCUCCAAGAAAGAUUACGAGAUGUCAUCCCAAGCAAUUGGGGCUGCACAAUCACUGAUUUUGUCGAUUGGUCUUCUUGGUGCUCUUUGGUUGGGAGUUUUCCAGGUCGUGUACAGAGCUGAAAGUAUCGGAAAGUUCACUACUCUGUUAAUUUAUUGGGCGCAAUUGCAAAGUCCUCUUACUUUCUUUGCGAGCAUGUACAGACAAAUCUCAUACAGUCUCAUGGACGCCGAGCGAUUACUUGAACUCUUCCAAACCAAGCCUACGGUUACUGAUACUCCAAAUGCGAAGGCUUUGAUCUUGGGCAAAGGACUCGUCAAAUUCGAUCGUGUCUCGUUCGCAUAUGAUGAGCGUAAACCCACUCUGAAAUGCGUCAGUUUUGAGGUACCUUCUGGAAAGACUGUCGCACUCGUCGGUGAGACGGGAGGCGGUAAAUCGACCAUCUUGAAGCUGAUUGAUCGAUUCUAUGAUGUAAAGAGUGGAAGCAUCUCUAUCGACGGCCAAGAUGUUCGUGAUGUUACACUCGACAGUCUCCGUGGAAAGAUUGGCGUUGUCCCUCAAGAUCCGAUGCUUUUCAACGACUCCAUCAUGAACAACCUUCGAUAUGCAAGACUUACUGCUACCGACAAGGAAGUGUACGAGGCUUGCAAGGCUACUGCUAUUCAUGACAAGAUCAUGUCUUUCCCAGAUGGCUACAAUUCCAAAGUCGGCGAUCGUGGCGUGAAAUUGUCUGGAGGCGAAAAGCAGCGUGUCGCCAUCGCUCGUGCCAUCUUGAAGCAGCCUGAGAUUAUUCUUCUCGAUGAAGCUACAAGCGCUGUUGAUACCGAGACUGAACAACUAAUUCAAGAAGGUUUCAAGACUCUUUGCAAGGACCGCACUACUUUCAUUGUAGCCCAUCGACUCUCCACUAUCAUGAAAGCCGACCACAUCAUUGUUGUCAUGAACGGCGAAAUCGUCGAAAAGGGCACUCAUGAUGAGCUUCUCCACUCUGGUGGCAAAUACCAUGAUCUUUGGUCCAAGCAGAUCUUCGUCAAGCCUUCACCUACCGCUGAUCGCUCGAGAUCAUCCAGUCCCAAGAAGCGAGAUGCCACUCUCGUCAAUGAUCUCACUCCACAACGCCAAACCAAAGAGCUUGCAAAGGUUCUGAAGACGAUACCACAUGAUCAACAACCGGGCGAGGACAACACUGGAAAGAAGGAUGGUAAGAAGGCAGAAUGCAGUGGUCACAAGCGUGAGGUAAGUUUGACAUUCGAAUAACCUCCUCGCUCGUGUUAGAUAUCAAUGUGGAGACCUACGAGGGGUCCACAUUGACCGUCCGAGACAUCUGCUGGCAAGUCCGCCAGGAUGGGGGAGUAGUUUCUGAGUGCUUGGAUACUAUGAAUGUCU